AUCUUAUUUAAUCUUCUCUCGCCAUUCUCAAUAUAACACCAUUAAAAUGGUGAAAGCAGGAUUUUAUUGGGUUUUCCCAUCUAUUGUAGCCACAAUAACAAUAGCCAUAGUACUAUCACAACUCCAAGUUACCUAUUCCCAAUCGACCUUCCACAUAGCCCGUCCUAAUUGUACUGAAAAAUGUGGCGAUGUCGAAAUUCCCUACCCUUUCGGUAUAGGGGAUAACUGUCAUUAUGAUCAUCCUGAUGACGGUUUCUUCUACAACAUCACCUGCAACGAAAAUAGAGUCCCUGCGGUUCCAACUUAUGGUAAUAAUAUUGAGAUCGAGAAAAUCACUCUCGAUGGUGAAUUCCGUGUACGUAACUACAUUUCAUAUAUUUGUUAUGAUAGUGAAGGUGUUGAGACCCAAAAUUUCACAUCGUGGAUUAGGAUAACAAGAUUUGCACUGUCAACGACCGAAAACAUUGCUGGUGCAAUUGGGUGCGAUACCAUUGGAUACUUCACUGGUACAAGGAUGAACAGCAGCAGCGAGUUUGGAACCGGGUGUGUUACUGCGUGCAGCAACCAAAAUGAUGUGGGGAAUACAUGCUCCGGAAUCGGCUGUUGCCUUGCCACUAUUCCAGAUGCGGUAACCAACAUCAGAUUGAUUACCGGCAGUGUUUAUAAUCAUACCGCGGUGCAUAGUUUCAACCCGUGCAGUGUCGCAUUUGUGGUCGCACGGGAUUCCGCAUUUGAGGAUGGAAACCAUUUCUCUAUUAACUCCCUCUUGACUCAAGACGUUGAAUCUUUACGUACUACAAGGACAUCAAUCGUGUAUGAUUGGUCCAUCGGGACAAAAGAUUGUGAUGAAGCGCGAGCAACUGAGGAGUAUAUAUGUAACGGAAAUAGUAUGUGUAUUGAUAAUAUUCAAGGCCAGUGGGGUUAUCGAUGCCAGUGUAAUCCUGGGUUCCAGGGUAAUCCAUACCUUCAUGAUUGUCGAGAUAUUAAUGAAUGCGUUAAUGGGCAAAAUUCAUGUGAAAAGCAAGAGUAUUGCGUCAACGGGCCAGGAAAUUAUAGUUGCAAUUGCCCAGCAGGCUACGAAGGCAGGGCUACAAAAGCUAGUCCAUGUACACCCAUUGUUGCUAGUGAUACUGCAAGCCGAAAGAAAUUAUUAUUGUCAAUUAAGAUCAUCGUUGGAGUUCAAAAACUACUUUGCUACCACUCCAUCAAAUGGAUGGUUAGAGUAUCCAUGAAUGUUAAAAUAUCUUGGUGUUGGAAGCGGCAUCAUCUGCUGUUUGGCUUUUGUUUACAAUGGCAAUAUGGGAAUAAGAAGCUCCAGAAAAUGAGGGAAACUUUCUUUCUACAGAAUGGAGGUCAUAUUUUACGGCAAAAACUUUUAGGACGAGAUGUAUCAGUUGGCAAUAUGGUUAAAAUGUUUACUGUUGAAGAGCUUAAGAAAGCCACUGAUAACUAUAGUGAGACUAGCAUCAUUGGUCGAGGAGGCUUUGGUAUGGUUUACAAAGGAAUUUUGUCGAACAAAGAGGUGUCGCCAAAAAACCAAGUAGUCGCGAUCAAAAGGUCCAUCAAGGUAGACUCUUCGCAAGCUGAGCAAUUUAUUAAUGAAGUUGUUGCCUUGUCACAGAUCAACAACAAGAAUGUGGUAAAGCUCUUAGGUUGCUGCUUAGAGACCGAGGUACCAUUGCUUGUAUAUGAAUACAUAAGCAAUGGUACAUUGCAUGACCAUUUGCAUGAUGAAGGGAAAAUGUGUUCUCUUACAUGGAAGAUUCGCCUGAAGAUAGCAGCGGAAGUCGCUGAGGUUUUAGCAUAUUUGCAUAAUACAAUUUCCAUACCUAUAAUUCAUAGAGACAUAAAGUCCGCAAACAUACUCUUAGAUGACAACUUCACUGCAAAAGUUGCUGAUUUUGGUGCUUCUAAGCUAACACCUACAGAUAACGAGCAAUUAGCAACGAUGGUUCAAGGAACAUGCGGAUAUCUUGAUCCCGAGUAUAUGCAAACUGGGGAAUUAACUGAUAAGAGCGAUGUUUAUAGUUUUGGUGUUGUUCUGGUUGAGCUACUGACUCGAGAGAAAGCGAUUAGUUACGCUAAGCCUGAGAAUGAGAGAUGCCUCGCUGUGUUUUUCCUUCGAAAGUUAAAGGAAGACCGGUUGAUUGAAAUCCUUGAUGACAGAAUUAUGAAUGGAGGUGAUGGAGCAACUCAACAACUGAAGGAUGUUGCUAAUCUUGCUAGAAAGUGCCUCAAACUCAAAGGAGAUGAUCGCCCUGCGAUGAAGGAAGUGGCAAGAGAGCUAGAAGUAAUUAAAGAUAUGGGUUCACAUCCAUGGUCGAACAGUGGUGUACAGCUUCAAGAAGAGAAUGAACAUUUGCUUGGAGAGACAAAUAAUAUAAAUACUGCGUAUGGCUAUAACGAGGCCAUGAACGAUUCAUUAAGCAGCCAAAGUAGAAUCGUCCAAUUGGUGCCUUUAAAUGGUGGGAGAUGAAGACUUCAUAUUUGUAAUACGGGCUCUUGUAUUUAAAGUCACAUUAGUUAGCUUUUUGUAUCCAGAAAUUCUUAUGUAUUUAGACUGCUUAGCCCACUUAUACAAAACCUAUUGAGUAUUCAUACGUGUAAGUUAAUGUACAACUCAGCUCUAGAAUCUAUUAGUGAAUACUGUUAUGUAGUCAUUCUAGUUGGUUAGAAGAGUUCGUUUCUUGCUUGUAUAAUAUGAAAACUUAGUUAGAUUGAAAGCUGUAUAUAAAUAAAUCUUUCAACAUUGUAAGAUAUUAGCAUCAGUGGAAGAAUGUUCUUUUGCUACUUAUAAGAUGCUCCAGUUUUAUUAUAAAAAGGCAACAUU